CCGCAGUUGGCAGUUUGGGUCGAGGACGAGCGAAUAACCCGAAGUAAAAUGCCUGGAAGCGAGAUGAAACAGGACAUCUACUGUACGAGUGGAGGAUGAGGAUAGGGCUGGCCAGACGUUACAAGUUGGUAUGUCGUACUACUAGAUGGUCAGUGUCCGCCUGGACCGUGCUCGCCAGCUGUCAGCGAGUUCAAAAGCUGGGGUAAAGAUAGACAAAAAGUCGACGUGUCAAUGUCUGAGACCAUGUACAGUCUUCACAAGGUACAGUAUACCUGGUAUGCAAGACAACGUGGUCGAGGGAAGAUCGUACUUCGUUGCGCAGACCCUGUCAGGGAGACUUCGCAGCCAAUUUCCAGGCUGCAGCCACGACAAUGAACAAUCCGACUAUCGAUGAGGCUGGAGAGAUCCCCGUCGCACACGAUGCUGGUGUCGACGGUGGCCGCCCAUCAUGGCAACGCCCAGGUACUCUCCCACGAUCGACACGAGUCCGAGUUGGAUCUGUCGGGUUCCAUGGUCCUUGAUCCUGAAUAUAGAUGCCUUGUUUCACCUUCGCGCUGCCCACUGCGCCACGUCCAAUCGGCACCACCAGCAAUUCCCUUUCUGAGUCGCAUGGACAACGAAACAAGACAAAUCACACGCCCCCUGGAUAUGCUGUCUAUGAGCUAUCGCGACUGAUAUCCAGAUCUGGACUUGAAUUCGGAUGCAGAUUCAGGUGCUUCUAAGACCAUUGCCGAUCAAAAUACAGUGCAGACAAGCCAAACAACUGUUCCUCACUCACACCGCGAUUGUCACCACCACAGCACUUUCACAAUAUACCUGUCAGUGCCGCAACGAAGAGUGAUAGUGAUACUGCCUCUUGUUCAUUCGGGAUGAAGUCGCUGUUGGGUGCUUGUCGCAAACCUGUACCUCCCGCUGUCAGUAGCCAGCAUUCCUAAACAAACUGCGGUCUGUCUACCAGGACACUCGAAAUAUGUGGAGGAGAAACAAUAACACAAACAACACCAACACCAGCAUGGAGCCCGUGCUGGGGUACCAUGCCUACCCAGAGCAAACAAUGGACGAGCGGUAUUUAGAGACAAUCCCAGAGGUUGAGUCUUUGUACAGUCGUCGCAGUAGUGUUGCGACCAAUCUGCCCGAGUUGCCAUUUCGCGCUGUACCUCCCAUGACGGACGAAGACUAUGAAUAUGCGCAUGAGCCUCUCUCCUCUACAAACACCACCUUCUACACACAUCAACCCUCCUCAGUAUCCCUCCACGCGCGGUCCGGCUCCGGGUCUGGCUCUGGCCAACAACCCAAUGUCUCACCCAUCAGCACACCAGGAUCAUUCCAUGCCCACAAUGGCUCGGACGCAUCUUUGGUCUCUCCCAUAGAUUCAUCUUUUCCCUCUUCGUCACAACACGAAAAGCCGGCACGAAGCCAGAUUCCCCGCAGACUACCUCUCAAGUCGCCAGAGGAAGUACCCAAGAAAUGGACACUUCAGAAGACAGAUGGAGAGACACGAUGGGACGAAUACUCAGGUGAGCCCAGUCAGGCCGGGAAGCCUCCAUCAGUCCGACCAGGCGCACUGCCACCUGUCGAGCAUCAAUAUCCUCAACUCAAAGAAAGAACCCGACAGAUCCUCGCAGGGCUCAAGGAUCGGGAAGCUGUGAAGAGAACUACUCGAGAGACUGCUACUUCAGUAGCAGAACCUGACCCAUUGGACAACCCCGGGCAGCAACGACCUCCAUGGAAAGGCGCAAGUGGCAGACACGCCAUUGUCGAACCGGUCAAGAACACUCCCUCGGCUCGGACUCGUCCUUUGGCUUUGCCAGAGCGCAGACGAAAGGCUGAACCUGAGGGUGUAGCACGAGAAGUAGAGGCGCCGGGAAGAAAGACACCAGACCAGUCACAGCCGACUCCAAUGUCGCCGAUCGACGCUGUUUCCGUGGCCGCUUCCAGACUCCCAUCCAUCAAACCGACUCCAUCAGAAGAAAGCAUCAGACCAGUCGUGCCGCUCAAAGUUCGCAACACACCGCGUGCGGCGUCAGCGUCGACACAGAGUCCGCGACCGCUGGAUAGUCCAUUCCAGAGUCCAUCUUCCUCAGCUCCACCCGUUCGCGACACGAUUCCCAGUCCUGCCCCUAGUACCGUUCUUGUGGAGGGAGCAGAUAGUCCUACCUUGGGUUCAGGUCCGGUUCCGGCUCCAGCUCCGCUCGGUUACGCCGCUCCGGAACGGACUUCAAGUGCCGAAUCGCUCGAGACCGUGGUGAGAGACCAGCCGCAGCCGCAGUCACAACGCCAGCAAGCACCACCACAUACUUUCCAACGUGAAGCCGACACCACUUCCAGUUGGGCCACUUACACAACGAGCAGUAAUGGCGAGUACAGCAGUUCUGUCCUCGAUAUACCCUCGAGCCCCCCGAUCCCACGGGCACAAUUUACCAGCAGUCCCGACAGAUUUGAUACCGAUUCGUCAGUCGGAGUUCCUGUUCCUGAGCCGAUUAUCCUCCGCAAACGAGUUGCAGCAAACAAUAGCGCAGCCAACACCGGCAGUCGUCCAGGAUAUUACGAUGGUGAUCGUAACCAUUAUGAUAAUGACAACAAUUACAACAACCGUAGUCUAUCCCCCUUUUUCGUCGCGUCCGGUCGAAAAUCCAGUUCCAACAUUUUGACCCGAAAGGCAGUCGGCGACGGCAACAGUGUUAAGACAGAUAGCAAGCCACGUGCCGUCAGUCUCAUGACCCAUUUAUCAUCGGCAGACAAAUCGCUCCCUCCGACGCCCAUGGAGCUCGAGGCCGCCGAUAAAGCAUCAUCGCUUCAAGCCCGACUGGAAGAUCUGUCGCGGCGCAAGAGGAACAUGAACAAGAUCAUUUCCGAGUUGCGCGAAUCGCUCAAAAAGAAUGCGAUUGUGUAUGAUGCCAGAAAGCGAAAGGAGGUCGACAAGAUGAUUGUCAAUUUGGGUUUGGAGUUGCAGGAUAUUACUAAUGAGGAACAUGAGACGGCUCUACGGUUGCAUCGGGUCCAGAAACGGAGGGAUAAGGAGGAUUUUUAUGAGCAGCCUACGGGAUUGUGGAUUAAGAGGGUUACGACUUGACGUUGAUCUGUUUUUUGUUUCUGUUGAUCUUUCUGGUGUCUGGUACCAAAGACGGGCUUUUUGACGACUCGGAGUUGUUCGAAGCAAAUGGAACCAGGAACCAAGUGUCUUGAAAUGAAAUGGUUUCGAAAUGGAUCUGGUAUCAAAGAGUCCAAGACGGCUUUUCGACGAUGGAUGUGUUUGAAUGGACCAGGAACCGAGUCCGAGUCCGUGUCUUGAAAUGGAUUGGAAUGAAAUGGUUUUAGAAAUGGACGUAAUGGAUUCAGUUUGGGGAGCCAGCUGAGACGAAACAAGAUAACAGGUUCAGGUUCAGGUUCAGGUUUCUUCAGGCAGGCAAGCGAAAUACGGUGAUAAUUUCUUUUGCUGGAGUGUUGCGACGAUACUCGUGCAGAACAAAAACCAGCGGAUGAUUGAUUCAAGUCAUAGCAUUCAUAGCGAAAUACCCAUUAUUGUUGAUGUCG